CUACUUUUAAUCAAAAUGGCGCGAACUAAGUGUAUUUGACACGUUAAUACCUUUCUUUAUUUCUCUCUGUUUCUGUUUGGAUAGUUUCAUAAAUGGAGGAUAUUUCAGAGGAAGAAAACGAAGCCACAAGUCAAGAAGAUGUCUUGGACUAUCAUCAAAAAGAGCUCAAAGAACAACGCGAGCACCACCUCUACCAGCUGAAAUCACUACAAGGCCAACUGCUGGAUAACCUGAUAGCCUACGUUUCAGACUCAAAUGAGUCUGUAUCGCCUGAUAUCCGGCAAAGGAUCCUCUCCUCGAUAAAAAGAGAAUCAACCACCAGCUGUGAUACUCAAACCACGCAACAGACCAUCUCCAGCAGUUAUCCUGAUUCCCUUCUCCUCUCUCAUUCGAAUGUGUCACGCAAUGACAGUGGUACCAGUGAUACGCUCCGUGAUACGUCUAGCGGUACGCUGGUAGAAAAAUGGGCGACACCAGUGGAGUCUACUACUUCGGGUCGUACUUUGAAUUCUCAAGCUGUGAUCACUUCUCUCCAUUCUUCUCCUUCUCUCCCUCCUACUCUAAAUAAAGAAUGCAUAAAUGAAAGUGAAUCUCCGCUUCCGGAAAACUCUUCUCAUAAUUCUUCCAUCUUGACUCCACCCUAUUUGACUCCGCCCAAACAAGCCUAUAAUCCUUCGGCAUCUCCGGAAAAUACUCAGCAGGCUUGCCGUUCUCCUCUCUCUCCAAUUUCUAAUAAUAAUGCUUCAAGAAGUCUCAUUCCAAAGACUCUGGUUCCAAACCCUUCCAGUAUGGAAGUUUUGGUGUCUGAGAAUGAGUCUUUGAGGAUUAGGAAUGGACAACUCAAUGAAGAACUGGAGCAGUUUAAUAGUAUCAAUUCUCUUUUGAAAGAACAAAUGAGUAAAAUGAAGAGAAGUUUGACUCAUUUUGAAGAAGAGCGAAAGUCUCAAAACAAGCUAAUGAGUUCUCUACAUUAUCAACUGUCGGGAGCGAUAAAUCAGUUGAGAGAACAAGAAGAUAUCAAAGAAGAACUAACAAAACAGCUUCACACUUUAAGAAUGGAGUUAGAUGAUGUAAAGCAAAAAGAUGCGGAGAAAAAAGAGCUGUAUAAAAACAAAGAAGUUGAGAAUGCUGAACUACGUGAUGAGAAUUCCUUCCUUCGUGAAGAUGUGAAGGUUUUGGAGAGACAGUUGAAGAAUCUACAAGACGAGACACUACAGCUGCAAAGUCUAAUGGAUAGACAAAGGAUUCAAACUGAGCAGUAUCAGAGUGCUUUGGCUAUGAUGGAUGAUGAACUUCAGAGAUUACGUCUUAUUGAGCGAUACCCAUCCCCACAGCAGUAUUUGCGUAGUCUUGAUCGAAAUAAGACUCCACCUCCUCCUUGUCACACACCCUCACCUCCUCACCACGCCCCCUCAACUACUAGCCACACCUCUCCUCCUACUCACCACGCCCCCGCAUUUAAUUACACGACCUCACCAAAAGUACAGCGACGUCCGCUUACUCGUAAGAGAUGGCUGGAGACGAGCGAAAACGGAUUUAUUUUUGGUACUCCUCCACAAAAAGAGCUUCAAGUGUCUCCUCAAAACACUACAAAAAGUGCUACUCAGUUGUCACCAGUUGAUGCUGCACUAGAUGCAAUUCGGACUAAACGUGUCACUACCGCUUCUCCUCCUGCUGUUAGGAAAAGACAGGGUCUUGAGGAACGCGUAGAAGAGAGACUAAGGAUUACAAGAGAGGCUGAGCAAAGACUCACAGUGCUACAGAAAGAGAAGGCAGAACUUGAAUCAUUCUUACAACGAGGGCCACCAAAUAAUAGAGUUACUGCAGAAUACAUGCAAAGAAAGAAUGAAACAGAGAGGAAGUUAGAUCAUGUCUUGAAGGAGAUUGGAGCAGUGAGGAUGAUCAUAAGGAACCCAACAUCUUGGAAGAUAUAAUAUCACAUGUACACUUUAUUAUAGACUUGAUUUAUUCACUCACAAUUAAAUAUAUUCAUUUCAUACCUCCUCUCACUAUGAAACUAAUACUCA